CUUCGCUCCGCCUCGACUAAGAUCCCAGUCCGGCCUUCACAGUUUGGCUCUGCUCACGCGGCUUGCGUGCCUUCCUAGAUGCAGUCCUCUGCCAGAAGAACGGGCGUCAUGACCGAUGUCCAUCGGCGGUUCCUGCAGCUGCUGAUGACUCAUGGAGUGUUGGAGGAACAGGACAUCCAACGCCUGCAGAAGCACUGCUACAUGGUCCAUGACCGCAACGCAACUGUCGAGAAGCUGGAGGACUUCAUCAACAACAUCAACAGUGUCUUGGAGUCCCUGUACAUCGAGGUGAAGAAAGGAGUCACAGAAGAUAAUGGGAGACCCAUCUAUGCUCUGGUGAAUCUUGCAACGACUCCAGUUUCCAAGAUGGCAUCGGAUUUUGCAGAGAAUGAACUGGACCUUUUUAGAAAGGCUUUGGAACUGAUUGUUGACUCCGAAUCUGGCUUUGCGUCUUCUACAAACAUUUUGAAUCUGGUCGAUCAACUUAAAGGCAAGAAGAUGAAGAAGAAGGAAGCUGAGCAAGUGCUCCAGAAGUUUGUGCAAAACAAAUGGCUGAUUGAGAAAGAAGGGGAGUUCACCUUGCACAGCCGGGCCAUCCUGGAGAUGGAGCAGUAUAUCCGGGAGACCUACCCUGACUCCGUGAAGAUGUGCAACAUCUGCCACAGCCUCCUCAUCCAGCCUUUCUCGUUUCAGGGUCAGAGCUGCGAAACCUGCGGCAUCCGCAUGCACUUACCUUGCAUGGCCAAGUACUUCCAGUCCAGUCCUGAGCCCCACUGCCCCCACUGUAAUGACUACUGGCCCCACGAGAUACCAGAAGUGUUCAACCAGGAGAAGGAAAAGGAGAGGGAGGAGGCUGGUUUCUCCAAAUCAAGCAAAAAGUCCCUGCGCUCCAGGCAGCAGUAGUGGGACACCCUGCCCUCGGGAAGAUGGCCGCCCUGCCUAGAAGAGGGGCAAGUGGUGGCUUCCUGGACUGGUACCCACCUUCUUACUCGCCCUGUGCACGUAUCAGCAGGUUUGGAAUAAAGCUGUGUGAAGUGCU